CAACAUCAACAAGAUAACAGGAUAAAACUCUGAUGCUACAAACACAAAACCUCCAUUCCUUCUUGUUGUGUAUCCUCGUCACUCCUUCGUAUCACGCACAACAACAACAAUAAUGGCUUCUCUGCUCUCACCACCCAAUUUCGUUUCCCUCACAACCCCACCAACAUCAAGUUCCUCAACUCACAUCAUCUUGAACUUGAGACAGCCCCUUCUCAAGUUGGUGCCUUCCCUAGCUGUUGGAACUCUCACACACCGUUUUCGGAGACCCUUUGCCGUUGUGGCUGAAGAAGUUGCGGUCACCACGCGUGACCCCAACUCCGAGGCUGCAAGGAGGCUCUACGUUGGCAACAUUCCUCGCACUGUCACCAACGAUGAGCUUGCAAAGAUUCUUGAAGAGCAUGGUGCCGUUGAGAAAGCACAGGUUAUGUAUGAUAAAUACUCUGGAAGGAGCCGUCGCUUUGCAUUUGUUACGAUGAAAACUGUUGAGGAUGCAAAUGCAGUAAUUGAGAAACUUAAUGGCACUGAAAUUGGAGGGCGUGAGGUUAAAGUAAACAUAACUGAAAAACCUUUGACCACAGUAGAUUUACCAUUACUCCAGGUUGAGGAAUCAGAAAAUAUUGACAGUCCCCACAAGGUAUAUGUGGGAAAUCUAGCCAAGACAGUAACAACUGAUACUCUUAAAAGCUUUUUUUCUGAGAAGGGAAAAGUUCUUAGUGCUAAGGUUUCCCGGGUCCCUGGGACCUCAAAAUCCAGUGGGUUUGGUUUUGUUACUUUUUCAUCAGCUGAGGAUGUAGAAGCUGCAAUAUCAUCUUUCAACAAUUCUUUGUUAGAAGCGCAAAAAAUUCGUGUGAAUAAGGCGUAGAGAAUUGACAAAGUUGCAGAGCAUGUUUGAUCAAGUGUCCUCUUGCAGGAAGAAAGUUUACUUUGUGUGAAGCUGAAAUCACAAACAAAUUCCCUAGUUUCUUUUAUAGCACAAACCCAAUCAUAUCUCGUUGAUAAGGCUGUAAGAGAUGUGUGAGAGUAAUGUAGUCGUUAAUGCUUAUCUUGCAGGCAUUGCACCUUUAGUUCAGGAUAUUGGGACCUCACUACUUUCUUCAUGAUUAUGUUGCUCCUUUUUUCUCUGCUUCAAUGUGGAUAGUCUUGUUGUCGUAUGCAUGUAUGUAUUCCAUUCCAAUUUUUUGUCUGAAUUUG